AUGCCUCCCGCUGUUCGAUCUCUGCGGCAACGCGCCGUCACCAACGAGAACGAUGAGAAUGCCACGACGACACGCUUGACGCGUGCAAAGGCGGCCAACUUGGGCGCGAACGAGUCGGCAGCCGACGUCCCCAAGAAGGCUCUCCAGACAAAGAAGUCGACUGCUACUCUAGGCGCCAACGGUGCCGCGACGCGAAAGCGCGCGGCCCUCGGUGAUGUCAGCAACGUCACAAAGCAAGACGGUCUUGCCGCCAAGGACGGAAAGAAGACACUAGCCACCAAAGGCCAACUCUCAAAAGCAGCACAGCCCACCAAGGUAGAGAAGACAUCGCGGGCCAACUCGACGCGCUCCAUCCUCCAGCAAAAGGACAAGAACUCUGCAUCCGAUGUCAAGAAGCGCCAGGCUAGCGGCAACGGCAUCGCUGGCCAGCCAGCCAAGAGGCGCCCAGCCGCUGCAAAGCCACUGAAGGAGGAAGUCAAGGAGGAGGUCAAGGAGGAAGUUGAGGAGGACAAGGAAAAGGAACAAGAGCAGGAAGAGGAGGACAAGGAGCAGGAAGAAGAGAACGUGGAGCCGCAAGAGAAGAACGUUGAAGAGGAUGGCGACAAGCAAGUCAAGGGCACAAAGAAGGACGUUGCAGAGGCACCCAUCACAGAGGUCUUCUAUGACGGCCCUGAUCUCGACAAGGAGGAUGUGGACGACCCGCUCAUGGUGUCUGAGUAUGUUGUUGAGAUUUUCGAAUACCUCAAGGAGCUAGAGAUUGCGACCAUGGCCAACCCCGACUACAUGGAGAGCCAAACAGAACUCGAGUGGAAGAUGCGCGGUAUUCUCGUCGACUGGUUACUCGAAGUUCACACUCGCUUCCGCCUCCUGCCCGAGACUCUCUUCCUCGCUGUCAACAUCAUCGACCGCUUCCUGUCGACCAAGAUUGUGCAGCUCGACCGUCUCCAGCUGGUUGGUGUCACUGCCAUGUUCAUUGCGUCCAAGUACGAGGAGGUGCUCUCGCCCCACGUGCAGAACUUCCGCCAUGUCGCCGACGAUGGCUUCACCGAGGAGGAGAUUCUCAGUGCCGAGCGCUUUGUCCUUGCUGCCUUGAACUACGACCUAAGCUACCCCAACCCCAUGAACUUCCUUCGCCGGAUAUCAAAGGCGGACAACUACGACAUCCAGACUCGCACUCUGGGCAAGUACCUCCUCGAGAUUGGCUGCCUGGACCACCGCUUCCUCGCCCACCCUCCCAGCCAAGUUGCCGCUGCUGCCAUGUACCUUGCCCGUCUUGUCCUCGAGCGUGGCCCUUGGGAUGCUACACUUACACACUACGCCGGCUAUAGCGAGGAGGAGAUCCAGCCUGUUCUGCAGCUGAUGAUUGACUACCUCUCGGGACCGGUUGUACACGAGGCCUUCUUUAAGAAGUAUGCCAGCAAGAAGUUUUUGAAAGCAUCCAUUGUUCUUCGCAAGUGGGCCAAGGAAUACGUUGCUGCUUACGGUAACGCGCUCCAAGAAGAGGCAGCGGCUCCCUCCAAGACCAAGAGCCAGCGCUAA